CAGGUACGCGGCGCGCUUCCCCAGCGCCCCCUGCCCCCUGCCAGGACGCUCCGGACCGAGCUCAAGGCCGCGUGGACGGAAAAGCCGCUCGGGAAAGCUUAGCGCCUAGACACCAUGUCAGACAGUGAUCUGGGUGAGGAUGAAGGCCUCCUCUCCCUGGCAGGCAAGAGGAAGCGCAGAGGGAAUCUGCCCAAGGAGUCAGUGAAGAUCCUCCGGGACUGGCUGUACUUGCACCGUUACAAUGCCUACCCCUCUGAGCAGGAGAAGCUGAGCCUUUCUGGGCAAACCAACCUAUCUGUGCUGCAGAUAUGUAACUGGUUCAUCAACGCUCGGCGGCGACUUCUCCCUGACAUGCUUCGGAAGGACGGCCAAGACCCCAACCAGUACACCAUUUCCCGCCGUGGAGGCAAGGCCUCAGAUGUGGCCCUCCCCCGUGGCAGCAGCCCCUCGGUGCUGGCUGUGUCUGUACCGGCCCCCACCAAUGUGCUCUCCUUGUCUGUGUGCUCUGUGCCGCUCCACUCGGGCCAGGGGGAAAAACCAGCAGCCCCCUUCCCACAAGGGGAGCUGGAGCCCACCAAAUCCCUGGUGACCCCUGGUAACACCCUCACCCUGCUGACCAGGGCCGAAGCCGGAAGCCCCACAGGUGGACUCUUCAACACACCACCACCCACACCCCCGGAGCAGGACAAGGAGGACUUCAGCAGCUUCCAGCUGCUGGUGGAGGUGGCACUACAGAGGGCUGCUGAGAUGGAGCUUCAGAAGCAGCAGGACCCGUCGCCCCCAUUACUGCACACUCCCAUCCCCCUAGUCUCUGAAAACCCCAAGUAGGCAUCUGCCAACAGGGGUGUUCAAGGCUCAAGCCAGCUGUCCUGGGUUUCUGUUUUGGUUCCCUUUCAUGCAGAGGGUUUUCUUUGGAUCACUGCCAAACAUCAGGAUCAUCUCCUCUGUCCAGAGGUCUUCAGCAGGAAGACACCAGCUGGUGUCACUGCACUGUGACGGAGAGCUCUCCUCUUCUGACUCUGCCAUUUCUCCAGGCCUCCUCAGGUGAGGAGUCCAAGAGCGUGGAGACGGGCAUGGUGCUGCUGCUACUUCUCCAGAGAAUCUGCAGGACACCUUUGUUCCAGCCUGCUUCCCUGGGCUGGGCACAGAAAACCUGCCAAGUUCAGGCCUGUGCUGGGUCCAAGUUGCUCCUGAGCCGGCCUCUCUGUUAAGCCAAUUGUGGAUAUUCCAAGUUUAUAAGUGUGAACAAAAGAAAAGAGGAACCCAGCAGAUGUCACAGAACCGACUCCAGUUGAAUGUUUAGGUUUUUGCUAAACUUUGUGUUCAUUUUUCCCUUUUUGCUGUGGUUUGCGUUAAUGGGGAAGAAGAGUGUGUUGUGUGAUGGAGUCAGAUGAACUGGGAAUGAUCCACCAUUGCAACAGGUGAUUGUUUUACAAGUAUUUUUAUUUUGGGGACCAGCUACAUCUCUGCAAAAUUCCAAAUGGCUGUUUUAUUGUUGGUUUGGUUUACUAAGAAAAGGAGGAAAAAGUGUAUACAGGCUUUGGCUUUUCUGUAUCAGGUGCAGAGGGGAAUAAAGCCAGAGCCAGAGAAGGGCCAACAGAGAAUCUGACCAAACCUUCUAGGCGUAGAGCAGAGAAGGAGGAUAAAAACCAGAGAGGUGUUUUUUUUCUAUUUUUGUUUUUACUGUACUUUUAGGGGGUGGGAGAAAUAAGCUAGACUGAGGCAGUAGGAUUUGUUUUCUUGUGGGUUUCUUUUUCCUCUUUAAUAUUUUCCCCUUUAUUCUUGAAAGCUUUGCCCUGUGGUCUGAGUUUUGGAUUCCUUUAGGAACUUGGAUUAGUGGGGCCAGAAUGUCAAAAGCUCCAUCUACUGGCAGGUUUUCCCCCAAUGGUGGCAGGAAAGAAUUCCUGGAGGAAGCAGGGAAGAGCGCCCCUGGCUGCCUGCGGAACUGCCUUCAGAGGAGGCUGGGGCUGGAAGGUGUGAGGCCUGCCCCGGGAGUGUCUUGGUGUUGCACCUUUCUUCACAGUGGAGUGUCAGAGGCCCCUGCCCUGACCUUCACAGUGAAACAGAUCACAGUAUGUCUUAUCUCCUCCCUCCCCGUUGUUUUUUUCCCUCCGUUUCAUUGCCGACUGCGUUUGACAGGAAUAUACCCCAUCUUUGUAUAUCCUAAGAAACACUAAUCCUAGAUUAUUAGCCAAAAUAUUUUUGUUCAAAUUGACAUUGUCC